AGGACAGACGCGGACGAACACCUUGCAAAGCUGAACCAAUAGCAUAGCGUCACAUAGAUGUAGCUUUGGACUCAAAAGAAUUAAAAUGGCAUAUUCACGAGAAAAGAGCUCCUUAUAAAAACGCGUACUUAUGAGUAAAACACAUUAACCAAGCAAGGGAAACGACUUGAAGACUUACCUUAUCGUUUGACGAGAUGCGAGCCGUGUUCUUUUUAGUGGUUCUGUUGGUCCUUUUAGCGGGUUGUAUGGGUGGUGAGCAGCCAAGCUUCUGUAGUUUGCCCGCUGUGACUGGUCGAUGCAUGGCAUACAUACCCAGUUUCUACUAUGACAUGAAGGAGGAGAAAUGCAAGGAGUUCAUCUAUGGAGGGUGCAAUGGAAACCUAAAUAGGUUCGAUACCCAAGAAAAGUGCGAGGAAGCUUGCAUGUCGAAGUCAAACGCGCGAGAGAAAAUGAAGCAAGUGCGAUUUGUGGGUUUGUUUGUGCUUCUUGUUGUGGUUUCUUCCACGCUGGCAGUGAGGCGUAGCGUCUGUGGGCUCAAGGUGGACCCAGGACCUUGUAAAGCAUACAUGCCCAGGUUCUACUUUGAAAUCGAGAAGAAAGAAUGCCAGGAGUUCAUCUAUGGAGGAUGCGGAGGAAACGAGAACAGAUUUUUCACUAAGAGAGAGUGCCAACGAAUCUGCAAGCUUGAAUGAGCAUUUUUUAACUGCCUCGGAUAGCACCCUGAAAAACAGAGAUUUUAAAGUUAAAAAUCAAAGAUACUAACAUAAAUUGGUGAAUAAAAGUAGAAAUGAUA